UCAAACUAACAAAAUCUAAAGCCCAGCGACAAACAAACAAACCAAAAAAAAUAAUAAUAAUAAAGUUAAAAAUGGAAUUUCUUAAAAGGAAACAUUUUUCAUUGUGGAUUACGACGACAACAUUUAUAAUCAUGGCCAGCAUUGCGUUAAAUGUGUCCACAGUUCAGGGGCUGCAGGGUGUACCAACAUGGAUAGCUCUUGGCUUAAAAUCUCCCUUCAUCGAAUUUCGGAAUGAAUUUGAAGUGCUGACCAACAACAGCAUACCCCUAAAUAUAACAAAAGACGAACAGGCCUUAAUGCAUCAAGAGGGUUUGCGCAAAUUGGGUACCUUUAUAAAACCAGUCGAUUUAAGAGAUUCCGAAACGGGGUUUGUCAAGGCAAAUCUCACAAAAAAGUUCUCACCAGCUGUCAGCCCACGAAUGCAAAAUCAACGGCGACUCCAUCCCAUUCAAGAGGAAAUGGAUCAGAAACAAAUUAUCUUACUCGAUGAGGAUACAGAUGAGAAUGGCUUACCAGCCAGUUUAACAGAUGAGGAUCGCAAAUUUAUAGUGCCAAUGGCAUUGAAAAAUUCACAACCUGAUCCACGUUAUGCACAAACAAUGGCCAGAAGUUCUAUGUUAUCGGCCACCACAACUACAACGACAACCACAAAAAAGCCCACAACACCAGCUACACCAGAGUUUGCCUCCAACAUAGAGGACUUAAAGAAGCACAUAUUAUUUCUACAAAAUCUAACCAAACAUGAUAGUAAUUUUCAAUCGAAAUUUGUGGUAUUUCCUAGUUUGCAGAAAGAUAAACAAAAAGUUCCUCAAGCAAUAGCAACCACUACAAUGCCCAAAGUACCCAUGAGACCAAUAUAUCAAUAUGGAGCACCGCCAACGCGCAAAAACACACAAGCAACUUCAUUGAAUGUAAAUAGUAAAGUAUCACAAACACCACCUUUUGGUGGCUACUAUCACAACGAGGAUGAUGAGGAUUCUUUGUCGGCAUUUUUACAGCCUGUACAUAAAGAUAAGAUCGCCAUAGUACCACAAGUAUUACUGCUGAAUGAUCAGAAUAAGGACAGCCAAGGCAGAAGAAUAAACUCCAGUCCGCCUACCACUAUCAGUACAACAACCACUACAACGACCACAACGACAACCACCACUACCACCAGACGUCCCACCAAACCCACUAAGCUGCCACCCUGUGUCCGCAAUCCCGAAUCACCCAAAUGCAUAAGACAACGCAAGCGCGAGGAACAGCAGCGUCAGCGUGAUCGUGAUGCUCUGUUGCGGGAACAAGAGAAAUACAUGCCCCGCUAUGAACCCUACAUGCAGACCAUUAAUAAUACCAAACGUUUUGCUGUCUCCAUUGAAAUACCCGAUUCAUUUAAGAUAAAUAAUUCCGACUCACGCUCCUCAAGGGGCGAAGAGAGCCUACAGAUUCUCUCACGUUUUGUAAGAUCUACGCAUAAAAGGCGUAAUAUUGGAGGCGGAUUAGCGGGUCGUUCGUCAUCGAGCAGUGAUAAAUUUGCUUCAAAAUAUGGUGCUAGUGCUUUUUUAGAACGUGAUUCAAUGGUAGCGGCUAGCGGCGGAAGGGAUUUUCUCAUAACGAAUCCCGAACAAUUUGGCAUGCUGGCACCGAAUGCCACGACUGCUAGUCCAACGGUGCCCGCCUAUUCGGAACCCAUUGACUUGAAUCCUGACAAUUGUUAUCAGGUCGAUGGCAUGACUUAUGGCCAGAAGAAACAGUGUGUUUUGCAUACAAGCGUUAUGCCGGCCAUAAGUCGGGGUGCGAGAGCAACGAUACAGGAAUGUCAAUUUCAGUUCAAAAAUCGCCGCUGGAAUUGUUCAACAACAGAAGAUAAUACCGUAUUUGGACCAAUGACUGGUUUAGGUUCACCGGAAAUGGCUUUUAUACAUGCUUUGGCUGCUGCCACCGUUACCAGUUUUAUAGCUCGUGCCUGUCGAGAUGGCCAGUUGGCAUCAUGUGGCUGCUCUAGUGGCUCCAGACCCAAACAGUUACAUGACGACUGGACUUGGGGAGGUUGUGGUGAUAAUUUGGAAUAUGCAUACAAAUUUGCUACAGAUUUUAUUGACAUACGAGAAAAGGAAACUAGACGUGGCACACGCGGUGCUGGUAAUCCAGAAAAACGUGGCAGAGCAGGACGUUUACAUCAAAGGCGACAACAGCAACAACAACAGCAGCAACAACAGCUUUUACAACAGCAAAUGCUAGCAGAUGAUUCUUCAAUUUCUAUGACCUCUUCACAAAAAAACGAAACCAUGACAACAGCUAAACAACAGCAGCAGUAUCAUACACAAUACAAAACAAAUACUGAGUAUGAAGAUAAAACUAGCAGCAAUGGAACAUCAUCAUCUUUAGCCUCAGCUGUACUUACAUCAAGUGACUUUAAAUCUUUUGAAAAUUCCAAUAAAAAUGUCAGCACAAAUGCAACACAAACUGUGCCACCAACAGGAACGAGAAAUGCCAACAGUAACAUUAGUAAUGAUCCUAAUAAAAUUGCCAGCAAUAUGACACAAUCCUCAAUGACCUCUGCAGCGGCGCAACAAAUCAAACAGCAGCAAAAACAGCAGCAGCAACAGCCAUCAAUAACACGUUCAUCUUCAGUGGCACCUCCCCGACAGGAGGAAUCUUCAGAAGAGUAUAUGGAAAGUGGUGGUGGAGUUCGCAUUAAACCAGAAGAUUUAUUAGAAUUACAAGAACGUAUAACAAAGGAAAUACUCAAUUCAAAAUUACAGGAAAAGGAAAUGCUGGAAUUACAGGAAAAAAUCAAUCGUGAAAUAUUAAACUCCAAAGUUUUCAAUAUGGAUGCUAAUAAUGGAGGCAGUGGCAAACGUAAAAAGAAACGCAAAAAUCAACGUGCUGUCAAUGGUAUGUUGGCCGAUGUCGGCAGUUAUCCCAAUAAUCCUAGCAGUGCACCGGGUGGCAGUGGCGGCAGUAGUAGCAGCAGCAGCAGUGGUGGUGGUGGUAAAUGGAAAAAUGGCAUUUCUGCUAAAGCCAGAAGUUUAAUGAAUUUACACAACAAUGAAGCUGGCAGGAGGUCUGUGAUUAAGAAAACCCGUAUUACAUGCAAAUGCCAUGGCGUUUCUGGUUCAUGCAGUUUAAUAACCUGUUGGCAACAGUUGUCAUCGAUAAGAGAAAUUGGUGACUAUUUACGAGAAAAAUAUGAAGAAUCCACAGAGGUGAAAUUGAAUAAACGUGGACGUUUACAGGUGAAAGAUCCACAAUUCAAAGUGCCCACAGCCCAUGAUUUGGUGUAUUUGGAUGAGAGUCCCGACUGGUGUCGAAGUAAUAAACAGCUGCAAUGGCCAGGUACCCAUGGCCGUGAGUGCAACAAAACCUCCAAUGGUUUGGAUGGCUGUGGCAUUCUGUGCUGCGGUCGGGGUUACAAUACCAAAAACAUAGUGGUGCGAGAACGAUGCAAUUGCAAGUUCCAUUGGUGUUGCCAGGUUAAAUGUGAUGUCUGUGUGAAAAUUAUCGAAGAGCAUACCUGUAAAUAAUUUUUAAUUCAUUGCCAUCCACCACUCACUCUUGCUAACAAAUUGUGUAGAAUUAUUUUUAAUUUUCCUUUGUGAAAAUCAGUGUAAAUGAUGAUUUUAUUUGAAUUAUUAAUGUAAUUUUAAAUUAAAAUUAACAUAUUUAAUUAACUAAAGCUUAAAUAUAAUAAUUAGCUUAUAAAACUUAAGAUUAAGUGAAAGAAACAAAAAUAAACCCAACUUAAUUUAUUUUAAA